GAUGAUACUAACAUAAAGCAGAAAAGUUAUUCACAUAUUAUAAUAUUUACUUAAAAACAAUAGAAUAAAUGACAUUGCGAUUUAAAAAUGUUAAUAUACAUUAAAUUUCAUUAAUUUGUUAAGUAUUUAAUUUAUUGUAUCACAAUACAUUAGCUUAAAUGAUUUUCAUCUGCAUUGUUUCUGAUUGCUUUACAACAUGGCAACAGACUCAUCAAAUGAAAUUAUUUUGAGCUACUACGACUGCUUACUGAGAGCAAGUGAUGUUGAAUUGCUUCAAGGAUCACAUUGGUUGAAUGAUGUUAUAAUAGGAUUUUAUUUUGAAUAUCUGGAUGAAACAUUUAACAAGAAUGAGAAAAGAGACUUUUACUUUAUCAGUCCUGAAUUAACACAAUUGUUAAAAAUGACAGAACCAGAUCAAUAUAUUAUAUUUUUGGAUCCUUUUAGUAUAUCAGAAUGCAAAUGUAUUCUUUUUCCUUUGAAUAACUGUGAUAAAAAAGAUACAGCUGGAGGAACACAUUGGAGUUUAUUAAUAUUUUGUAAAGGAGAUAAAACAUGUUAUCAUUUUGAUUCGGCAAAAGGAUAUAAUGGUAGUAUCGCCUCACAAUUUGCAGAGAAUGUAAUGAGUUGCGUACUUGAUAAGAAUGAACCUAACAAGAGAUUCGUUGAGGUAAAUAGUCCACAACAAGACAAUGGUUAUGAUUGUGGAGUUUAUGUGUUAUGUUUGGCAGAUAUUAUUACAAAUCAUAUUUUGAAAAAUGAAAACAUGAAUGGAUGUAAUUAUGACCAGGUAAAAGAAUUAGUGCGUACAAAACGUACAGAUUUAUUAAACUUGAUAAAUGAUCUUAAACGUAAACCACUUGCUAAUUAAUGAUAAGUAUCAUGUACAUAUACAAUUAUUACAUUUAAUUAUUUUUGUACAAAUAUAUUGUAACUAUUCUAUUAUCAAAUAAUUUGUUUACAAUUUUAUGUUGAAUUUAUGAUGUAGGUAAUAAAUUUACAAAUAUAUUAAUA